CGAGGCUCGAUAAUUGAUAGGUGGGAUGCGGGAAGGUGAAAGCAAUCUCGUGUGUGUGCGGAUUGAGGAAGGCGGCAGCGGGAGGAGGGGGAAUAGUCGGUUCGAUCAUUGAUCGCGGCUGUUGCGGACGCCGCAAACCCCCUCCGCACUGGCAGCGCAGUAGUGUGGCGGAAAGGGGGCACGGGCGGCUACGUAGUGCUCGUCCUCGGGGGUCGCUCUGCGCGUCGAUAUCCCGUCCUGCUCCGCUUUGCUGGGCGCAAGCGAUCGGUGGAAGGGGCGCCUUUCUCGAGGGCAUACGGAGCUGAGCAGGCUGACGUGGGAGUCGCUGUGCGGGCCGCCGAUUUCUUGAUAAUGUCGAUUGGCGAUGCGGUAGCAUAGCUGCGCAAUCGCGGUGCGGAGUUGCGCCUCUCUCCGCCACUGGAUGGUCGGACUCUGGACUUUCCCUCCUCCAAGGUUUUCGGCAAGGAGGACACCGCUGAAGGCAGCGAGUGAGUAGAGGGACGGGGGCAGUGAGUGAGUGUAGGGAGGGGAGGAAGGGGAGGAAGGGAGGUGUUGAUUUAAUUUCGACGGGAAACAGAAGAUUAUGAAGCGGAGAAGGGUUCCUUGCCUUGGGCGGGAACUGAGACACGUCGACGAAGGUCAUUGGCGGGAAAACAAAUGAUUUUUGGUGGCAUUUCGUGGCGGGGGGCUUGGAAACAUUUUCGGCAUUUGUGAGGGAAUCGUUGGCGGCGGGAAAGUAAACUCUCGUGCGACGAGGCGGGAGUCGACGAAGGGCAUUGGCGGGAAAACAAAUGCUUUUCGGCGGCAUUUCGUGGCGGGGGGGUUUGGAAACAUUUCGGCAUUUGUGAGGGAAUCAUUGGCGGCGCGGGAAAGUAAACUCUCGUGCGACGAGUCGGGAGUUGGCAGGGGCUUUGGAACCGAGAGAUAGGACAUUGGCGGGAAAAACAUUGGCGGGAAAGCAAAGGCAUUUAUUUGGGCAGAGUUGGCGAGGAGCUUCUAAAAAACAUUUGCCGCCGCAUUCAACCUUAGGAGCAUUGGCGGGAAAGAGAAGAGCGAAGGCGCAUUUUCGAAUCGAAUUCGCCAGCAGUUGGCGGCGAGGAGUUGGCGCGGGUUUUUUUGGGGAAAUGUUUGCCACGUCAGACGUGAAGACGUGAAGGUAGACGAGGGGCUAGGUCCCACUUACACGAAUUAAGCGAUAUUGACCGUAGAUAGCAAAGAUCAACGGCCAGAUUCUCGUGAUCCGUGCAAGUGGGUCCUUGGUCGAGGAGCGACGAUGUCGGCGCUGUGUGCGAAGGUGAGCGCGGCGGUGCUGGUGGCGGUCAUCGCCGUCGGCGUGGUCGUGAUUUUCCAGGCGGAUGAUUUGGGCGCGAAGCUGCUGAAGUGGAAACUGAAGGAGAAAGUUCUUGGCGAUGGACUUUCUGAGUCGGCAGCUGGAGUGGGCAAUGUCCUCAAAAAAGUCGGCAGCGCUCUCAGUUUCGGCAAACCCUCCGCUGAUCUUCACGGACUCCGCAUCUCUGAGCUCUCUACUACAGAGGCUAAGCUCAUCUUCCAAGUCAAGGUCACUAACCCCAAUCCCAUCGUCAUACCUCUCACUGACGUUGUCUAUAAAGUGGUAAUUAACGAUAGAGAGUUUGUAAAGGGUAGUAUUCCGGAUGCCGGCACGUUGGGCAUGCACGACUCGAAGAUUGUAGAUAUUGGAGUCCAUGUCGUGUUUAAGGACGUAACGGACACUUUCUCGGAUUUGAAACCGGGAUCUGUUGUUCGGUAUCUGAUGAGCGCCACGUUUCUCGUCGAUCUGCCGGUGAUUGGACGCAUCGAGAUCCCGAUCGAUCACGAUGGCGACUUCCCGAUCCCGGCGAUUCCCGACGUGGACUUGGACGAACUCGAUUGGGUAGAUCUGUCCUUUACGGAGACGAAGGCGGUAGCUUACGUGAAGCUUGAAAACCUUAACGCCUUUACGAUGAACAUUAAGUCGUUCGAUUACAGACUCUAUCUUACGGAUGAUCUGAUCUCCGAGGGGAAGAUGGAGAAACCGAUCGGAGUGGAGGAGAAGGGUGUGACGAGGCUGACGAUCCCGUUCACGUUCAGACCGAAGGAUCUGGGACGGGCGGUGUGGGAUAUAGUCAGCGGUGCUGAGUCGGGAUACCGACUGGAGGGUACGGUCAGCGUAGAGUCGCGAUUCGGUGCGAUCAAGCUGCCGUUCAGAAAGGGAGGGUCGACCAUUUUCAAGAAGUUUAAAGCCAGUCUUGACUAAAUCAAAGAGUCAGAAGUAGAAGAGAGGAAGAGGAAGGGGAAAGGAGGCGGAGGGGGAGGGGAGGCGGAGGGAAAGGGGGAAGGGGGAACGGGGUUCUCCAUGCUGAGUGUCCGAACAGGAGGCGGCGAUGGCCGUUGGAUCUGAGUGCGUGAUUUUUUUUCUCGUUGACGUGACACGUUCAAGGAAGGCGGCGCUGGGGGAAUCUCGUUGACGACAACGCAAAAUGUCGUCAUUAGAGGACUCGAGGACGGGGAUGGUAAUCUGCGAGUAACGUGGAGAAUCAAUGGAGGAUAACAAAAAGGUCGGUAUGUUAAUCGUAUGGAACGAAGAGGAGGGCGCGGAGGGAGAGGGGAGAGGGGGGAGGGAAGGAGGAGAGAGAGGUGGGAGAAGAAGUGCAACCGAGUAAGAUGAUGAUGAAUAAGUGAAAAGCCUAACCAAAGUGCCCAUCAUAAAUGGGUAGGGAAGGAAGGCGACGGAAGCAGAGGAGAGGAGAGGAGAGGAGAGGAGAGGAGGAGGAGGAGAGGAGGAUAACGUUGGAUGGGGGAAAAUAAUUGUAGAGGGAAACGUAAAAGGCGGACGCGGCAGUCGGGAUCCGGAUGACGGAGAACAGUCGAUAGCAGUGGACGGACAUUUAGGUUGUCCUCUUUCAAGACAGGAAAACCGUUUUUUUUUUUUUUUUUUUAAAUAAGAAAAACUGAUCGUUUUGAAGAACGCGAAAAAACGAUGAUGAAGGGGAAAGGCGGCGGAGUUUUCGAGUUGAUGACGACGAAGACAACGAAGAAGAAGAUGGCGAAGAAAGAGAGGACACAGAAGUGUUCCCCUUUUCCAGGAGGUGAAACAGGAAAAGGAUGUAUGCGGUGAGAUCGUCCAAGGCAACUUCAGCAGAUGAAGAUGAAAGUUUUGCGAUGAGAGGAGGUUCUCGUUCUCAUGGCCGUUGUUGUUGAAGAUGGUGAGUAUUUUUCAAUGUAGUUUUACGUAUGUAAUCUUUGGCACCUGCAGAUGGAAAUAGUGUGCCUGAAAAAAAAAAAACAAAAAAAAAACGUGCCUGUCAUGUGAAUGCAGAAGCAAAUGAUGCCAUGUUGAUAUGGAUGGGCGGGAGGCAGCAGUUGUUGUUUUGUACCCACGGAGGGAAACUGACGUGGGGGGAUAGAGCCUGCGCAGCUGAUGCGGACAGGGAUAAAGCAGCUAUAACGUUGAACUGGAAUAGCGGAGCUGACUUUGAUAAAGAUGGAAGCUGAUAUGGUUAAAGAUCAGAAGUUGACAUGUUUAGCACUUAAGAAGUAGCUGCUGAUGAGCAAAGGAUGUGUUACAGAAAGACGGAAGGAAGGUCGAGUUUGUAGUGCGCUUCGGGUGUGUUAGGAUCACCUAUUGGAUGGAAUAGCUGCUGAUGUGGAAAGGAUGGGACAGGAAGAGGGAAGGAAGAUUGAGUCUGUAUGUAGAUCUAGACUCCCACGACGAUGGCGGUAGUAAGAACGUUAGUAAGUAACGUAAAUACAGAGAGAAGACAUAAUUGUGCUUUCCUUUUUGUGCCUGCCGUGGCGCGUCUGGUCGGUUAUCCGACCUACACCUCGCGCUCACGAUCUCCUCGUUCGGCUCCAGAAGCCCUACUUGUACGAGGAAUUCAUCAUGCUGCCCCCCCUUUCAUGAGAUGGCUGACUAUAUGUUUAUAUGUGGCACUCUGUAUGGUGGCGUUUCCUCCUUCAUUUUCCUUUUUUAUAUGCACAUGAUCUGCUUAUCAGAAAACAGACAUUGCUUUUGGAAGACAUGGCCUCUGCGCUUUACGGAGAAGACGUGGUGUUGCUUCUUGCAUUCCUUGUUACGUCUUGUCUGGUAUUCGACCUUUUUUUUUUUUUUUUUUUUGGUCUGGUACACCUCGCGUUCAUGAAUUCCCCCGUUCCACUGCAGAAGAGGUACUUGUACGAGGAACUCAUAAUGCUGCCCCCUUUUAUGA